GGCCAUAUUGUUUUCCGUCUGUUUAUAAGUUUGCGGCGCCCCGCUUCAGUUCCAGAUUUUCCGCAAAUUUCCGAGUUUCUCGUCCAAAACCGCGAUGCCGGACUAUCGAAAAACGAUAGCCUGAAGCCCGCGGUCGUUUUUCCGAUAGUUCCGCACUUUCCAGACGAUUUUCCGGUCCGGAAAACCGAGAAAAUCGAGUUGAUAAGGUUUUGCCAAUGGCUGCCUCUCGCGUCCCCCCCUGAAUAAUGGAUCUUGUUGUUUGUUAAUUUUCAUUAUUUUUUUUUUUGAUUAUUAUUAUGAUGAAUAACGAUAAUCAGAAUAAUAUUCAAAAUAAUCACGGGCCUAAUCCGAAUAAUGACGGUACGAGACAAAACCCCAACUCCAUCCCCACCGACUUAAGAGUGAACACGACAGCCUUAAAUGCUGUAGCCCUCAGUAGCGUAGCCAAAUAUUGGGUACUAACUAAUCUACUGCCAGGACCCAUACCUCAAGUAUCUGUUUACGGUCUACCCGGACGAGACAACAAAGGCAAUUUAACGCAGGACGCUGUAUUAGGCCAACACGCUGCAGGACUUUUGCAAGCUGAUCCCCAAUUACUAUUGCAACAGCACGGUCAGUUGCCUGUAAGCAUUUCUCAAGGGACUAUUGGAAUACCUGCAGGCGCUAUUCAUUUAGAUGCUGUUUCACAACAGCACAACCAUCAACAGCAACAACAACAUAUAGAGCAUACCAAUCAAGUUAGGAUGUCAAAUUCCCAGCAGCAGCAACAACAGCAACACAAUAACCAGCAAAACUUGGUCCAAGUCCAAGUAAACCAAGACAAUAUGGUUUCGGUCAUCGACGAAAACGAAGACAAGCAAAAAGACCUAAUGUCAACUCAUAUGCAACUCAACGAAUCUCAAAUCAACACCCAAGUCUUGGCGUUGCAACAACUGCAAGCUCAGCAAGUGCAACAAGUUUUGGACAAUGUAAUGGUACGAAUGGAGUCUUCGACAAUGGAGCAAAACAAUCAACAACAGGCGGAGCAGCAGCAGCAAAAUUCAAUCAACAACAUGGACAAUAUGAUAAAAGAAGAAAAAUCUAUACAGUGCAAGUUUCUCAAUAAUGCCCAAUUAGGACUGCAAGAAUUAAAGGGCAAUAUUAUGGAUGUUAGAACUGCUGAUGGCAGCAUUGUAAAAAUCCAAACCAACAUGCAAGAGCAAGAAUUGGCUAAAACCUUAGGCGUAGAAAUGGUGCAAAAUAUGUACAAAGUAAACGUAGAUGAUUUAAAUCAACUAAUAGCUUAUCACGAGAUUUUUGGCAAGCUCCAAAACCCAGGAGAAGUUUCCACAGCUCAAAAUCUACCUCCAAACAAUAACAACAAUAGCGUUAACUUGCAACCUCAAAAUAAUGUGGCCAUAAUUACAAAAGACGAACAAGACCCACAAAACAAUAUACAACAACCCGAAAAUAAUACUACUUCAGUUAUAACAACAGCCAAUCAUCAGUGCGACUUGUGCAUGAAAUCUUUUCAAUACAGAUACCAGCUGAUUGUCCACAGACGUUAUCAUGGCGAGAAAAAACCAUUCACCUGUCAAGUGUGUGGGAAAUCUUUUCAGAACAGCCAAGAACUGACUCGCCACGGAAAAUGUCACUUGGGAGGCAGCAUGUUCACUUGCACAAUAUGCUUUCAUGUAUUUGCGAAUGCCCCUACACUAGAAAGACACAUGAAACGUCACUCGGCUGAUAAACCUUACGGUUGCACCAUUUGCGGUAAAACUUUUGCCAGAAAAGAACAUUUAGAAAAUCACACAAGAUGCCAUACAGGCGAUACACCAUACAGAUGUCAGUUUUGUGGCAAAAAUUUCACCAGAAAAGAACAUAUGGUUAAUCAUGUCAGAAAACAUACAGGCGAAACACCACACAGGUGCGAGCUAUGUAAAAAAUCCUUCACCCGCAAAGAGCAUUUUAUGAAUCACGUAAUGUGGCAUACAGGAGAAACCCCGCAUUGUUGCACAAUUUGUGGCAAAAAAUAUACAAGAAAAGAGCAUUUGGCCAAUCACUUGAGAAGCCACACCAACGACACUCCGUUUAGGUGCGAAAUAUGCGGCAAAGCCUUUACAAGAAAGGAACAUUUUACCAACCACAUAAUGUGGCACACCGGCGAAACCCCUCACCGUUGCGACUUCUGUUCAAAAACCUUCACUAGAAAAGAGCACUUAUUGAACCACGUGCGUCAGCACACUGGCGAAUCGCCGCACAAGUGCAUGUUCUGCAACAAAUCCUUCACUAGAAAAGAACAUUUGACCAAUCACGUGCGUCAGCACACAGGCGAAACCCCAUUUAAAUGUACCUAUUGUCCCAAGGCAUUUACUCGCAAAGAUCAUUUGGUGAAUCAUGUAAGGCAACAUACUGGGGAGUCGCCGCACAAGUGCACUUAUUGUACCAAAUCUUUCACUAGGAAGGAACACUUGAAAAAUCACAUUAGGCAGCACACUGGUGAGUCGCCUCACAAGUGCCAUUUUUGUUCAAAGUCUUUCACUAGAAAAGAACAUUUGACGAAUCACGUUAGGAUUCAUACAGGUGAAUCUCCGCAUAGAUGUGAGUUUUGUCAGAAAACUUUUACCAGAAAAGAGCAUUUGACUAAUCACUUGAGGCAACAUACAGGAGAAACGCCUCAUUGUUGCAACGUUUGUUCGAAGCCUUUUACUAGGAAAGAGCACUUGUUGAUACACAUGAGAUCUCAUACGGGAGAGCGGCCUUUUGCUUGCAACGAAUGUGGAAAAUCUUUCCCGCUCAAAGGUAAUCUCCUGUUCCAUCAAAGAUCUCACAACAAAGGCCAACAAGCCGAACGACCCUUCAGGUGCGACCUUUGCGAAAAAGACUUCAUGUGCAAAGGCCACUUGGUAUCGCACAGGCGGUCGCACGGCGGCGAAAAACCCUUCAGCUGCACCGAGUGCAACAAAACCUUCGCCGAAAAGGGCAACUUGGUGCGUCACGGCCGAAAACACGCGGCCGACAGGGAAAAAGCGGAACAAGCUGCGCAAGCCGCUGCUGCACAGCAACAACCCAAUCAGAAUCCUGUGCAGAUGCAACAACAGCCUUCGACCAAUGGGAAUAUUGUGCAGAAUGGGCACUUGAUUCAGCACCAUUCGGUUGUGGUUCCUACUAAUGCAAAUGUUUUGGCGUCUUACUAGAAUUUUGAUCAGUUUUGGAACGUUUAAUUUUUGCUAGUUCCAAAACUGAAUUAUUGUGAUAUAGAAAUCCUUUUUUUUUUUAAAUGAGUCUAGAGAGUCUUGAAUGCUGAAGAAGAAGUGUAAAUUUACCAGAACUUUUGCAAAAUUUUAAUAUUGAAGCUAAAGCAGAAACCAGAAGUUUUUAAGUUAUCAACAAUGCACAAAAGAAAAGUUGUAAGUAUAUUUUAUAUUUGAUUUCUUUCAAGAAUUGGUUAACUGUGUCUACUUGGACAAAGGUUAUUAUAUAAAAAAUUUAAGUUGGAAAUUCUGAAAUCAACAGCCUUCUUUGGGGUUUCAAUUUUAUCAGUCUCUAGAUACAUUUAUUAUGUACCAUUUUACCCUAAAAUUACUGCCUAAACAAAAUUAUUUUAACUAGGUUUAAUCUUUAUACAAAAAUUCAAAAUUCUAGCCUAUUUAAAUUGUAAUUUUUGGACGAUUUUAAUUUAAGUGCAAUACAGGUGAGUAUGCAAAGCAAAAAAAGUGGGAACAAUUAUCUUUUUUACUCAUAUCAUUUAAGUGUGUUACAAAGCAUAGAAUUAUUACUAUAGAUUUGUACAUAUAACUAUUUUAGGGCAUUGUAAAUAGGGUCAUUAUUGAGUUGAAAGAAAUGCAGUAUUGUUUGGCCAGUCAAUAUUUGAAGAUUUGAUGCCACCUUAAUAUUCCAAAUUUUUUUUCCAACCACUAGAAAAUAAUUAUUGUAAAUAACUGUUUAAGGUAAAUUUAUUUUAUUUUAUUUUGAUUUAAUUAAAUAACAAACUACAUACAUCUACGAUUAAAUUUUUACUCCUCUAAAACCUCAUCCACUUCUUCACGAUCCACGCUGGCCUUUUUCGGAAUAACUGGCACGAAACUACUAGAAGGCACCCCUAAACCCUUAGCCAAAGCCUCAAUAACCUCCUUAUUGACAUAAUAAGUCAAAGGUAUUUUAAUGCCUUCAUUUGCAAGAAAUUGCCUCAACUCCACUACAAGUUGUUUGCCUUCAGAAAAAUUACCUUGCUUGACACAAUUGUGAAUCAUCAAAGCAUAAAUAUCUCCACGACGCACAGAAGCAUCCAAUUCUGGCCCGUUGAGCAUUAGAAGCUGUUUACACUGAGUCAUUCCAGCUUGUGGAUCGCCUCUUUCAAACGACUUCCUAAUGUCAACAAACCUUUUAACCAUACUGAAUCUUUGCUGUACAAUCUCCAUGGCUCUUUGAAUGUGAGCAGGAUUGUCAGUGAUUUUUUGCAAACAUCUAGAAGCUUCCGUUAAAGCCCCCAAAGCUUUUUCAUAAUUUUGAAAGUCGUCAAUUUCAACUUGGGCGCAUGCAACAUAGAAGUUUGCAAGCAAAUCCAAAGCCUUGCCUUUUGAGUAAAACGUAAUAAUGUUGCGUAAGAUUUCUGGUUUAUUUUGCCAGUCUAAUGUUUGCAAAUAAUUUGCGGCCAUAAUGUAGAUUUCGCGUUGUCGCGAUACGCCAGCAAAAAAAAUGAUUUUGUCAGUGUCGCCUGAUUUUA